GGAGAGAGCGAGCGCCGGCCAGCUCACCCGGCUGCCCCGUGCCCCAGCCGCCGCCGCCGCGCUCCCGAGCUCAGACUCAAGCCGGACCUCCCCAGGCGCCGUGCCCCAGUGCGCUCGUCCUCAGGUCCCCGACCCGGCCCACGCACUGGGCUGCGGGCCACCGGGGCCAAGAGGCGCUCGGCACCUGGGCACUCCGAGCGAUGCGCAGCGGGGCAGCGCCGGCCUCGCGGAUGGAGCUGCUGCUGCCGCUACCGCCGCCGCCGCCGCCGCCCGGCGCGCCCCGCUCCGCCCGCGCCCCGUGCGCCUGAGCGCCGAGCUCGCUCCUCCUCCGCGCCAACUCCGCCGCCGGCUCCCCAGGCCGCUCGGGCUCCGCGCGCGCUUCCCCAGGCUCCACGCGUCUUGCCCCGCCGAGGCAGCCUCCUCCAGGCGCGGGCCCCUGCACACCAUGGCCACCGGGCGGACAGGGGCCGGCGCCGCCGUGCGCGCCCGCCUGGCGCUGGCCUUUGCGCUGGCGAGCGUCCUGAGCGGGCCCCCAGCCGCCGCCUGCCCCACCAAGUGUACCUGCUCCGCCGCCAGCGUGGACUGCCACGGGCUGGGCCUCCGGGCGGUUCCCCGGGGCAUACCCCGCAACGCCGAGCGCCUUGACCUGGACAGAAAUAAUAUUACCAGGAUUACCAAAAUGGACUUCGCUGGACUCAAGAACCUCCGGGUCUUGCAUCUGGAAGACAACCAGGUCAGCGUCAUCGAGAGAGGCGCCUUCCAGGAUCUGAAGCAGCUGGAGCGAUUGCGCCUGAACAAGAAUAAGCUCCAGGUCCUUCCAGAAUUGCUUUUCCAGAGUACACCAAAGCUCACCAGACUAGAUCUGAGCGAAAACCAGAUCCUAGGGAUCCCGAGGAAGGCAUUCCGUGGCAUCACCAACGUGAAGAACUUGCAACUGGACAACAACCACAUCAGCUGCAUUGAAGAUGGAGCCUUCCGAGCGCUGCGCGAUUUGGAGAUCCUCACACUCAACAACAACAACAUCAGCCGCAUCCUGGUCACUAGCUUCAACCACAUGCCGAAGAUUCGAACGCUGCGCCUCCACUCCAACCACCUGUACUGUGACUGCCACCUGGCCUGGCUCUCAGAUUGGCUGCGACAGCGACGGACAAUUGGCCAGUUCACACUCUGUAUGGCUCCUGUGCACCUGAGGGGCUUCAAUGUGGCAGAUGUGCAGAAAAAGGAGUAUAUAUGCCCAGGACCCCACUCAGAACCUCCAUCCUGCAAUGCCAACUCCAUCUCCUGUCCCUCGGCCUGCACAUGCAGCAAUAACGUCGUGGACUGUCGAGGGAAGGGCUUGACGGAGAUCCCUGCCAACUUGCCAGAGGGCAUCGUCGAAAUACGCCUGGAACAGAACUCCAUCAAAUCCAUCCCUGCUGGAGCCUUCACCCAGUACAAGAAACUGAAGCGAAUAGACAUCAGCAAGAAUCAGAUAUCAGACAUUGCUCCAGAUGCCUUCCAGGGUCUGAAAUCACUCACGUCGCUGGUGCUGUAUGGAAACAAGAUCACCGAGAUUGCCAAGGGACUGUUUGAUGGGCUGGUAUCCCUACAGCUGCUCCUCCUCAAUGCCAACAAGAUCAACUGCCUGCGAGUGAACACGUUUCAGGACCUGCAGAACCUCAAUCUGCUCUCCCUGUAUGACAACAAGCUGCAGACCAUCAGCAAGGGACUCUUUGCCCCUCUGCAGGCCAUCCAGACCCUCCACUUAGCCCAAAACCCAUUUGUGUGCGACUGCCACUUGAAGUGGCUGGCCGAUUACCUGCAGGACAACCCCAUCGAGACGAGCGGGGCCCGCUGCAGCAGCCCACGCCGGCUGGCCAACAAACGCAUCAGCCAGAUCAAGAGCAAGAAGUUCCGCUGCUCAGGCUCAGAGGAUUACCGCAGCAGGUUCAGCAGCGAGUGCUUCAUGGACCUUGUCUGCCCCGAGAAGUGCCGCUGUGAGGGCACCAUUGUGGACUGCUCCAACCAGAAGCUGGCCCGCAUCCCAAGCCACCUCCCUGAAUACGUCACUGAUCUGCGACUGAACGACAAUGACAUAUCUGUCCUAGAGGCCACUGGGAUCUUCAAGAAGUUGCCCAACCUGCGGAAAAUAAACCUGAGCAACAAUAAGAUCAAGGAGGUGAGAGAGGGUGCCUUUGAUGGAGCGGCAAACGUGCAGGAGCUGAUGCUGACCGGGAACCAGCUGGAAACGGUGCAUGGGCGCAUGUUCCGCGGCCUCAGCAGCCUCAAGACCUUGAUGCUGAGGAGUAACCUGAUCAACUGUGUCAGCAAUGACACCUUUGCUGGCCUGAGUUCAGUGAGGCUGCUGUCCCUCUAUGACAAUCGGAUCACCACCAUCACCCCUGGAGCCUUCACCACACUUGUCUCCCUAUCCACCAUAAACCUCCUGUCCAACCCCUUCAACUGCAACUGCCACCUGGCCUGGCUGGGCAAGUGGCUGAGGAAGAGGCGGAUCGUAAGCGGGAACCCCCGGUGCCAAAAGCCUUUCUUCCUCAAGGAGAUACCCAUCCAGGAUGUGGCCAUCCAGGACUUCACCUGUGAAGGCAAUGACGAGAGUAGCUGCCAGCUGGGCCCACUCUGCCCGGAGCAGUGCACCUGCGUGGAGACGGUGGUGCGGUGCAGCGACAGGGGGCUACACACCCUACCCAGAGGCAUCCCCAAGGACGUGACUGAACUGUACCUGGAAGGAAACCACUUAACAGCCGUGCCCAGGGAGCUGUCCGCCCUCCCACACCUGACACUUAUUGACCUGAGCAACAACAGCAUUGGUGUGCUGACCAAUUACACCUUCAGUAACAUGUCUCACCUGUCCACCCUGAUCCUGAGCUACAACCGGCUGCGGUGCAUCCCCAUCCACGCCUUCAACGGGCUGCGGUCUCUCCGAGUGCUAACCCUCCAUGGCAACGACAUUUCCAGCGUUCCCGAAGGCUCCUUCAGUGACCUGACAUCUCUUUCCCAUCUGGCGCUGGGAACCAAUCCACUCCACUGUGACUGCAGUCUGCGCUGGCUGUCAGAGUGGGUGAAGGCGGGGUACAAGGAGCCUGGCAUCGCCCGCUGCAGUAGCCCUGAGUCCAUGGCUGACAGACUCCUGCUCACCACCCCCACCUACCGAUUCCAGUGCAAAGGGCCAGUGGACAUCAACAUUGUGGCCAAGUGCAAUGCCUGCCUCUCAGACCCGUGCAAGAACAAUGGGACGUGCAGCCAGGAUCCUGUGGAGCUCUACCACUGCACCUGCCCCUAUGGCUACAAGGGCAAAGACUGCGCUAUGCCCAUCAACACCUGCAUCCAGAACCCCUGUCAGCACGGAGGCACCUGCCACCUGAGCGAAAGCCACAAGGAUGGGUUCAGCUGCUCCUGCCCGCUGGGCUUUGAGGGGCAGCGGUGUGAGAUCAAUCCAGAUGAUUGCGAGGACAACGACUGUGAGAACAAUGCCACCUGUGUGGAUGGGGUCAACAACUACGUGUGCGUCUGCCCUCCUAACUACACAGGUGAGCUGUGCGACGAGGUGAUUGACCACUGCGUGCCCGGGAUGAACCUCUGUCAGCAUGAGGCCAAGUGCAUCUCCCUGGACAAAGGAUUCAGGUGUGAAUGUCCCCCUGGCUACAGCGGGAAGCUCUGCGAGGUGGACAAUGAUGACUGCGUGAACCACAGGUGCCGCCACGGGGCCCAGUGCGUGGAUGCAGUCAACAGCUACACAUGCAUCUGCCCCCAGGGCUUCAGCGGGCUCCUCUGUGAGCACCCCCCACCCAUGGUCCUGCUUCAGACCAGUCCCUGUGACCAGUAUGAGUGCCAGAACGGGGCCCAGUGCAUCGUGGUACAGCAGGAGCCGACCUGUCGCUGCCCCCCAGGCUUCGCCGGCCCGAGGUGCGAGAAACUCAUCACUGUCAACUUUGUGGGCAAAGACUCCUACGUGGAACUAGCCUCCGCCAAGGUCCGGCCCCAGGCCAACAUCUCCCUGCAGGUGGCCACUGACAAGGACAACGGCAUCCUUCUGUACAAGGGAGACAAUGACCCCCUCGCGCUGGAGCUGUACCAGGGCCACGUGAGGCUCGUCUAUGACAGUCUGAGCUCCCCACCAACCACAGUGUACAGUGUGGAGACGGUGAAUGACGGACAGUUUCACAGUGUGGAGCUGGUGAUGCUAAAUCAGACCCUGAACUUGGUGGUGGAUAAAGGAGCCCCGAAGAGCCUGGGAAAGCUCCAGAAGCAGCCGGCAGUAGGCAUCAACAGCCCCCUCUACCUCGGAGGCAUCCCCACCUCUACGGGCCUCUCAGCCCUGCGCCAGGGCACGGACCGGCCGCUGGGCGGCUUUCAUGGCUGCAUCCAUGAGGUGCGCAUCAACAACGAGUUGCAAGACUUCAAGGCCCUCCCACCGCAGUCCCUGGGGGUCUCACCAGGCUGCAAGUCCUGCACCGUGUGCAAGCACGGCCUGUGUCGCUCCGUGGAGAAGGACAGCGUGGUGUGCGAGUGCCACUCGGGCUGGACCGGCCCGCUGUGCGACCAGGAGGCCCGCGACCCCUGCCUGGGCCACAGCUGCAGCCAUGGGAAAUGUGUAGCAACCGGGACCUCAUAUGUGUGCAAGUGUGCAGAGGGCUACGGGGGGCCCACAUGUGACCACAAGAACGAAUCCACCAACGCCUGCUUGGCCUUCAAGUGUCACCAGGGGCAGUGCCACAUCUCAGAUCGAGGAGAGCCCUACUGUCUGUGCCAGCCUGGCUUUAGUGGGGAGCACUGCGAGCAAGAGAACCUGUGCCUGGGGGAGGUAGUCCGAGAGGUGAUCCGCCGCCAGAAAGGCUAUGCAUCUUGCGCCACAGCCUCCAAAGUGCCCGUGAUGGAGUGUCGUGGGGGCUGUGGGCUGCAGUGCUGCCAGCCCACCCGCAGCAAGCGGCGGAAAUACGUCUUCCAGUGCACAGACGGCUCCUCGUUUGUGGAAGAGGUGGAGAGACACUUGGAGUGUGGCUGCCGCGCGUGUUCCUAAGGCCCUCUGCCCCCCACCUCUCAGACUCCAGCUUCGUGGGGCUGCGACAGCCACGUGGGACCCCCUCGAGACUCGAGGUGAAGAAGUGAGCGCUGGAGAGGAAGCAGAAGAAGAGAAUAUUAAGUAUAUUGUAAAAUAAACAAAAAAUAGAACUUAUUUUUAUUAUGGAAAGUGACUAUUUUCAUCUAUUAUAUAAAUAUAUCACACCGUCUGAGUAUAUGUAACAUAUAGUGAGUUAUUUUUACCAAGUCUUGUGUUGUGUAUUUGUCGUGUUUUUAUAAACCGCUGUUAAAAAUUUUAAGAAAAAAAAGACUAAUAAAAAUGUUUUAAAACAAAAGGAUAAGAAUAAAGAAGUGAUAGCCUGUCCGAGGAAGAAGGAAGUUUUUAAUGUGAUGAAACAGUAUCAUGUCAGCAGAGAUACCAAGACCUGCUUACUGAGCUCAGGAAAAGGAAUGAUAAGAGGAAGAGAAGGAAAAGAUUUUUCUUUGUUUCUUCUUAUCUUUAAUGACUGUUUUCUCUUCCCUAAAAGCACCCAGCUUUUAAGUCCUGGUUGCCGAGGCCCAUCCUUCCAGGACGAGCUUUUGCACCCCAGCCACCUCAGACUCGCAGUUGCCGCCCCCAUCUGCCCCAGGCCACCAGCGGGGUCUGGGCCCUCUUCUCCCUCCAGGCUGGCCCUGGCUUCCACCACAGGGCUAUCCGAAACUCUGCCACAGCCUUCGUCUGAGCCUGUUUUGCCAAAUUUUAAAACACCGCCUCUUUUCCUGACCCUCUCCAGGUGAGUCAAGGGAAGAAGGGAUUAUGCAGUCUCCUCAGGCCCCAACCACCGGUCCUUCCUUUGGAAAGUUGUGCACCGUCCUCUUCCCUCCAAUGUCCCACGAAUUUUACAUUAGAAUGCAGUAAUGGGAGAGCAGGCAGCCAGGAGCCCAGCCUGCCCACUGCCUGGGUACAAGUAUGACUCUGGAAAAUUCUUGGGGGAUCUUCCCAUGGGAAGCACAAGCCUCUGCCACCAGAUCCUCCAGACCACCGUCAUAUUGAUGACAAGUCCUUGCCCAUCUGCAACACUCCCCAACGCAUAUCCAUACCGCACCUUAUUUUAUCCAUGCAACCCCUGCCCCCAUGAGAAGGGUAAAGCCGUUUAGCCCCAUUUCAUGGACAAGGAAACCAAAGCCUCUCUCAAACUCUGUGUCUGGUCUUAAGCCACAUAUCUGAUAAGUAGAAGAGCCAGACUCAAAAGUUCUAGAUUCCUUCUCCAGAAUGGUGUAAACAGGAGAAAUUCAGGUAGUUUAAGUUCAUCAGACCAGCCCUACCAGGAGAAGAAAGUAGAUGUUCUUUACUGCUAUCUUUCCUGCUCGUGUCCAUUCCUUGUUCUGUUCGCCCAGUAUCCAAAGUUUCUAAACAGAGUUCUAGGAGAGCAAAGGCAUGCCUCCUGAUGGACACUUGCCCCGGCCUCUCGCCCUACUCAGUCUAGUGCAGAGGGCUCCAGGGCUCAGCUGCCCAUCUCUCACGCAUCCCUCCUUUUCCCUGGGAGCCUCCCUUGCAGAAGUGUCAGGGAGGAGAGUGUGGGGCUCAAAGGACCUUCCAGCAUCGAGUGUCCCCAGAGGAGCCUAGUGGUUCUGUGAGCACCAACAGUGGGCCAAAGGCUCCAAGAAUCAGGAGGG